AGUGGGAGGUGUGGAGCCGGGAGGCGCUGGCUUGAGAGCCGGACUCGGAGCCCGGCGGGCGGCAGCAGGGGCGCCAGCUCUCUGGGUCGCUGCCAGCCAGGUGAGCCCGAGAUGCUGCGGCUGUCGCUGCUGCUGUGGCUCUGGGGGCCGCUCAGUCCCCUAGUCCAGUGCAUCUUGGCCGCGCAGGCUGAAGAUGUGGUAGAGCUGGAGUUCUCCACCCAGCGGCCGCUGCACCUGGUGAGUCCCUCGUUCCUGUCCAUCACCAUCGACGCCAACCUGGCCACCGACCCGCGGUUCCUCACCUUCCUGGGUUCCCCAAAACUUCGGGCUUUGGCCAGAGGUUUGUCUCCUGCAUACCUAAGAUUUGGUGGCACCAAGACAGACUUCCUUAUUUUUGACCCCAAGAAGGAACCAAGCCAUGAAGAAAGGAGUUACUGGAAAUCUCAAGUGAACCAUGAUAUUUGUAGAUCUGGAGCCAUCCCUGCUGUUGUAGUGAGGAGACUACAGGUGGAAUGGCCCUUCCAGGAGCAGUUGCUACUCAGAGAACAGUACCAAAAAGAGUUUAAAAACAGCACUUACUCACGAAGCUCAGUGGACAUGCUGUACACGUUUGCUAGGUGCUCGGGAUUGGACUUGAUCUUUGGUCUAAAUGCGUUACUAAGAACUGCGGAUUUUCGGUGGAACAGCUCCAAUGCUCAGCUCCUGCUGAACUACUGCUCUUCCAAGAACUAUGACAUAUCCUGGGAACUGGGCAAUGAGCCUAAUAGUUUUUGGAAGAAGGCUCACAUUUCCAUCGAUGGAUUGCAGUUAGGAGAAGAUUAUAUUGAGUUGCAUAAGCUUCUAAGAAAAUCAACUCUCAAAAAUGUGAAACUCUAUGGUCCUGAUGUUGGUCAACCUCGAGGAAAGACAGUUAAGUUGCUGAGAAGCUACUAUUUGAAUGGACGAAUUGCUACCAAAGAAGAUUUUUUAAGCCCUGAUGUUCUGGACACUUUUAUUUUAUCUGUGCAAAAAAUUCUACAGGUGGUUGAGGAGACUAGACCUGGCAAGAAAGUCUGGCUGGGAGAGACAAGCUCUGCAUAUGGCGGUGGAGCACCCUUGCUGUCCAACACCUUUGCAGCUGGCUUUAUGUGGCUGGAUAAAUUGGGCCUGUCAGCCCAAAUGGGCAUAGAAGUGGUGAUGAGGCAAGUGUUCUUUGGAGCUGGAAACUACCACUUAGUGGAUAAAAACUUCGAACCUUUACCUGAUUAUUGGCUGUCUCUUCUGUUCAAGAAACUGGUGGGUUCCAAGGUGUUAAUGGCAAGAGUGAAAGGCCCAGACAGAAGCAAGCUUCGAGUGUACCUCCACUGCACAAACAUCAAUCACCCAAGGUAUCAAGAAGGAGAUUUAACUCUGUACGCCUUAAACCUUUAUAAUGUCACCAAGCACUUGAAGUUACCUUAUCAGUUAUUUAACAAACCAGUGGAUAAGUACCUUGUAAAACCUUUGGGACCUGGUGGAUUACUUUCCAAAUCUGUCCAACUCAAUGGUCAAGCCUUGAAGAUGGUGGAUGAUCAAACCCUGCCAGCUUUGACAGAAAAGCCUCUCCGCCCAGGAAGUUCACUAGGCUUGCCUGCCUUUUCAUAUGGGUUUUUUGUCAUAAGAAAUGCCAAAGUUGCUGCUUGUCUAUGAAAAUAAAAGGCAAGACAGUUGCCCUGAGGUGAAAGAUCUCAAAGGUAUCAUUGAUAAGAGUAAGGCAGAACUCUAGUUGUAGGAAGGCAGGCAGACUUGUUACAAAACCACUGGAGCUUCGGGAACACUGGGACAGUCUCCCAUGCUAGAUUGAGCAGGGCGUUUUGAUCUGAGUAGAAUGACAGCUAGUAAUACUGUGUGCCAGACAAUUCUCAGCACUUUACACGUGCUAUUUUUAAGGUUAUUAAAAAAUGUGUAGGAAUACCCCCCACCAAUAUGACCAGGAGUUCAAUAAGUGAAGGAUAUAUGGUGAGGUUUAAGUGCUUACUUGCUUUUAUUUUUAAAACCAUCAGGAGAUUGUCAAAUUCUUUCCUUUAGGAGCCUCUGCAGCUCCUGUGAGGACAAGGGUCAUUGCAGGAACCUCAAAGCCAGCUGUAAAAGAGGAAUUACCUGUCCACACUACACUGUAGCAGGAGCUAGAAUGUAGAAUCAGCUGCUGUGUCUCUUUUCUUUAUUCUGUUUGUCUUUUUUUUUUUUGGCAAUAGUUUGUGAGAUGGUUAGACACGAUAGUGUCAAAAACAAAACAAAACAAAUCAGUGAGUGACAAUUGAGAGGGAAGGGAUUAUGUAAACUUGAAGUUUGAAAAUGACCAUGAAGGAGAUGGUUGGCUGACUAAGGGAAAAUUUUAGAAAACACCUACUACUCAUUGCCAUCUGCAAAGGUCUACCUUUUCUCUACUAUUACUUCUCGAUUCACUUGAGAAGCUCUGGGCUGCAAGUAACAAAAGCUCCUGAGUCAAAUGAUUAAGACAAUAAGGAAAUCUCUAAUCCACCUAAGAAGUUGUUCAAGUAAGGCAGGGUCCAGCAGCUGGGUGUGUUUCAGGGGUCCAGCUUCUUUCCCUGUGCUGGGUACAUCCUUGGGCUGGAUCAUGAAGACUAUACAUUGUCUACAGAUUCGUUGAGAUCUGGUAGAAACAAGAGACAUGAGUGACUUUCUUUUGUCCUCUUCACAGAUUUGAAGAGCUCUUCCACAGAGGUUCCUAGAAUAUCUUUCCUCAUGUCUCCUCAUGUCCUAUAGGUCAGGAAUGGUCAUGUGGUCUUUUCCCCAAUCACUGCCCAUGACAGUGAGAUGCCUAUAUUCAAGGAAUCCUCCUUUGGAGCAGAGGCCUAGGGGAGUCUACAGCACUAGACAUUGCAGUUCUGUGCUUUUUAUCAGUGACAACAUGCAUUAUUUUCCCAGUAUUUUAAUAUUCUUAGGGAUUAUGAUUCUAUAUGUUUAUGCCUGCUAUGAGUAUUAUCUCAAUUAAUUCAGUCUAAAUACAUUUAUAAAGCUAGACCUUAAACUUUGGAUGCUUCAGUAUUCUCAAAUUUUUAUGUAAGUGGCUUUUAUAUUUUCACAUUUGAAAUAAACUCAUUUUUAACUUUAA